UCCAGUGACCAUGGGGACCUCCACAGCCCCAGUCAUCCCCAUCACCAUGGGGACCUCCACAGAUCCAGUCAUCUCCAUCACCAUGGAGACCACCACAGCUUAACCCAUCGCCAUCCCCAUGGAGAUCACCACAGCCAAACUCAUCCCCAUGGAGACCACCACAGCCCAACUCAUCCCCAUCACCAUGGAGACCUCCACAGCCCCAGUCAUUCCCAUCAUCAUGGAGACCUCCACAGCCCCAGUCAUCCCCAUCACCAUGGAGACCUCCACAGCCCCAGUCAUCCCCAUCACCAUGGAGACCACCAUAACCCCACUCAUCAUCAUGGAGACCACCACAGCCCAACUCAUCCCCAUCACCAUGGAGUCCACCACAGCCCAACUAAUCCCAAUCACCAUGGAGACCACCACAGCCCAACUCAUCCCCAUCACCAUGGAGACCACCAUAACCCCACUCAUCACCAUGGAAACCACUACAGCCAAAUUCAUCCCCAUGGAGUCCAUCACAGCCCCAGUUAUCCCCAUCACCAUGGAGACCACCAAAACCCAACUCACCCCCAUCACCAUGGAGACCUUCACAGCCAAACGCUUUCCCAUCACCAUGGAGAUCAUCACAGCCCAAGUCAUCCCCAUCACCAUGGAGACCACCACAGCCCUACUCAUCCCCAUCACCAUGGAGACCACCACAGCCCCACUCAUCCCCAUCACCAUGGAGACCACUACAGCCCCAGCCAUUCUCAUCACCAUGGGGACCUCCACAGCCCCAGCCAUCCCAAUCACCAUGGAGAACACCACAGCCCAACCCAUCACCAUCACCAUGGAGACCACCACAGCCCAACCCAUCACCAUUCCCAUGGAGACCACCAAAACCCAACUCAUCCCCAUCACCAUAGAGACCAUCACAGCCAAACUCAUCCCCAACACCAUGGAGACCACCAAAACACAACUCAUCCCCAUCACCAUAGAGACCAUCACAGCCCAACUCAUCCCCAUCACCAUGGAGACCACCAGAGCCCAACUCAUCACCAUGGAGACGACCACAGCCCAACUCAUCACCAUGGACACCACCACAGCUCAACCCAUCACCAUGGAGACCACCACAGCCCAACUCAUCCCCAUCACCAUAGACACCACCACAGCACAACUCAUCCCCAUCACCAUGGACACCACCACAAUCCUCUCCACCCAGAUUCACACCAUCACCACGGCUCCCAUCCAGAAUCUCUCCAUCACCACGGCUCCCAUCCAGAAUCUCUCCAUCACCGCGGCUCCCAUCCAGAAUCUCUCCAUCACCGCGGCUCCCAUCCAGAAUCUCUCCAUCACAACGGCUCCCAUCCAGAAUCUCUCCAUCACCGCGGCUCCCAUCCAGAAUCUCUCCAUCACCGAGGCUCCCAUCCAGAAUCUCUCCAUCACCGCGGCUCCCAUCCAGAAUCUCUCCAUCACCGAGGCUCCCAUCCAGAAUCUUUCCAUCACCGAGGCUCCCAUCCAGAAUCUCUCCAUCACCGCGGCUCCCAUCCAGAAUCUCUCCAUCACCGCGGCUCCCAUCCAGAAUCUCUCCAGCACCGAGGCUCCCAUCCAGAAUCUCUCCAUCACCGAGGCUCCCAUCCAGAAUCUCUCCAUCACCGAGGCUCCCAUCCAGAAUCUCUCCAUCACCGAGGCUCCCAUCCAGAAUCUCUCCAUCACCGAGGCUCCCAUCCAGAAUCUCUCCAUCACCGAGGCUCCCAUCCAGAAUCUCUCCAUCACCGAGGCUCCCAUCCAGAAUCUCUCCAUCACCGAGGCUCCCAUCCAGAAUCUCUCCAUCACCGAGGCUCCCAUCCAGAAUCUCUCCAUCACCAUGGCUCCCAUCCAGAAUCUCUCCAUCACCAUGGCUCCCAUCCAGAAUCUCUCCAUCACCGAGACUCUAAUCCAGAAUUUAACGAUCCCCGUGGCUCCCAUCCAGAAUUUCACGAUCCCCGUGGCUCCCAUCCAGAAUCUCUCCAUCACCGAGACUCUAAUCCAGAAUUUAACGAUCCCCGUGGCUCCCAUCCAGAAUUUCACGAUCCCCGUGGCUCCCAUCCAGAAUUUCACGAUCCCCGUGGCUCCCAUGCAGAAUCUCACGAUCCCCGUGGCUCCCAUCCAGAAUCUCACGAUCCCCGUGGGUCCCAUCCAGAAUCUCUCCAUCACCGAGACUCCAAUCCAGAAUCUCUCCAUCACCGAGACUCCAAUCCAGAAUCUCUCCAUCACCGAGACUCCAAUCCAGAAUUUCACGAUCCCCGAGACUCCAAUCCAGAAUCUCACGAUCCCCGUGGCUCCCAUCCAGAAUCUCACGAUCCCCGUGGCUCCCAUCCAGAAUCUCACGAUCCCCGUGGCUCCCAUCCAGAAUCUCACGAUCCCCGUGGCUCCCAUCCAGAAUCUCACGAUCCCCGUGGCUCCCAUCCAGAAUCUCACGAUCCCCGUGGCUCCCAUCCAGAAUCUCACGAUCCCCGUGGCUCCCAUCCAGAAUCUCACGAUCCCCGUGGCUCCCAUCCAGAAUCUCACGAUCCCCGUGGCUCCCAUCCAGAAUCUCACGAUCCCCGUGGCUCCCAUCCAGAAUCUCACGAUCCCCGUGGCUCCCAUCCAGAAUCUCACGAUCCCCGUGGCUCCCACCAACACCUCUCUCAUUCAGAAUCUCACCAUUCACACUCCCAUUCUGAACCCCAUCACAUUUCUACCAACCCAGAAUCUCAUCAUCACCACCAUCCUUCCAAUUCUGAAUCUCACCAACAUCCCUCACCUGCAGACACACAGCACCACUAUCAGCACCAUGUCAGUCACCACAGCCCAUCAAGCCAGUCUAAGGAGCACUUUCCUGUCAGUGCAUCGGCCACAGAGCUGGAGUCAUUGUCCCAUUCCAGCAAGUCUGGUUCUUCCAGGAAUACCAGCAGCCCCACAAGUCAGGACGAGCGGCAGACGGGCUGCAGCGGCUCAACUACCUCUCUACAUAAAGAAGCAUCCAAGGUUAAUCGAAUAAUGAUGCUUCAGGAGCAAAAUGAGGAUCUACACCACAGUUUGUGCCAGACUGCCGUGCGAAUGGAGUGCAUGGGCACAGAGUUUAAGAGCAGUCACCAGCUACUUGAGUCAGAACUACAGAACACUUGUGUUGAGCUGAGCAACCUCCUGGACAAAUUCAAAAGACUUACAGAUAACAACUCCUACACUCAACAAACCAAAAAUCUCAUGGAGCAGAAGCUUCGUUCAGUGCCUCAGAGUAUGGAAGGGGAGCAUGAGCAUCUGAACCAG